CAAGGACUCGCUUGCGUGAUGACAGUCUUGUGGGUUGCCAUUGCAUCAUGCAGGAGUCUGUCUGUGACGGCCGGCCAAUGUCGCCGUUUUAUUAAAGAGCUGCAGCGUGCUGUUCUCGUUGCUAGACCUGGAUACUGGGACAGGGACAACGGUUUUCCUUCCUUCUGCCUGUACUUUUGGGAUUGCAAUUGAAAGUUGAAUCAUUCAUCGAUCACAUCCUACUGGCGUUCCAACAACAUGGCGACCGAGCAAGAGAAGCGUGAGCUCGACGCUACCAAAGGCGAGGGCCCGCCUGCGUCUAAUACAUCUGAUUCCGAGCUCGAGGCUGAGAGCGGUGCCGUCAAUGAGAAGAAGUUGCUGCGUGCAUUGGACCUGAGAUUGCUUCCCGCGGUAUCGGUUCUCUACUUGUUAUCUUUCCUCGACCGUAGCAAUGUCGCCAACGCGCGUAUUGAGGGCCUCACCACCGAUCUUGGAAUGACAGGAAACCAGUACCUAACAGGUCUGACGUUGUACUUCAUCGGCUACGUGCUCUUCGAAAUACCAUGCAACAUCAUUCUCAAGAGGACCACGCCCAAAUUCUGGCUGCCAACUUUGACGCUCGCAUGGGGGAUCGUGGCUACGCUUAUGGGUGUUACCCAGAAUCUUGCUGGGUUCUUCGUCGUGCGCUUCUUUUUGGGUGUGACAGAGUCCGGCCUUUUCCCAGGUGUCGUGUACUAUCUUUCCAUGUGGUAUAAGAGAGAUGAGCGACAGUACCGCAUUUCUCUGUUCUUCAGCUGCGCUUCGCUUGCGGGCGCAUUUGGUGGUAUCCUGGCUUGGGGUAUUGCGCAUAUGAAGGGUGUUGGUGGGUAUGCGGGAUGGCGAUGGAUCUUCAUUCUCGAAGGUAUUCUUACCUGCGUCAUUGCGGUCAUUGCCUACUGGUUCAUCUCCAACUAUCCCGAGAACGUCAGCUGGUUGUCCAAGACGGAGCGUGCGUUCAUCCAGGCUCGUCUGAAGGCUGAUAGCGAUGCAACGAACCAGGAGGCUUUCAGGUGGGCCGAUGUAUGGGAAUCUUGCAAAGAUAUCAAGGUUUGGUUAUACGGCCUUGGAUUCCACACCAUGAGUCUUCCCUUGUAUACUCUGUCUCUUUUCAUGCCAACAAUCAUUAAAGACAUGGGCUACACCUCCGCGCAUUCCCAACUCCUCACCAUCCCCCCCUACGCCGUCGCCACCAUCUUCACCGUCUUCUGGGCCAUCCUCUCCGAGAAAUACAAAAAGCGCGCCCUCUUCAUCGUCAUCACCUCCUCCUUCGCCAUAAUCGGCUACAUCAUCCUCCUCUCCAACCCCAACCCCAAACAGAAACCCGGCGUCUCCUACCUCGGCACCUUCUUCGCCGCCGUCGGCAUCUACCCCUCCGUCGCCCUCGUCCUCUCCUGGCCCGCCAUCAACGUCUCCGGGCAAACCAAGCGCGCAACCGCAAACGCUAUGCAGAUCUCCAUCGGCAACCUCGGCGCCGUGCUGGGUACCCAGCUCUACCGCCCCAAGACCGCGCCGCGGUACCUCCUAGGUCACUCCUUCGCGCUCGGGUACCUCGUCAUGAAUAUCGUCGUCGUGAGCACGCUUUGGGUCAUCCUCAACAAGGAGAAUAGACAGAAACAAGAGUAUCUCGCCACGCACCCCGAGACGAAUGGGUUCCAUGACUCCGAUGAGGAUCUGAGGCAGGGUGAUAGACAUCCGAGGUGGCAUUUCAACGCUUAGGGGGCGUACUGCUUGCUUGCUUUACUUACAAGACGCAUCAUUAAGAACGUAGGGGGUUUGUUGCUGAUACACGAGAUACCAAGACUGCUCAAGAAUAGCUAAU